GGUGCCAAAUACUAAGGUACAAAUGCCACUUACCCUGCACGAGCAGCCCUCAUUGCUACCUCUGCCAGGGCCUCCUGCUGACAGACCAGUGCAGGAUCCAGGCUAGGCAGCAGAGCCUCCGGCCCCUUCCUGACAGAAUCCUGGGCUGCCGGACGGAGGCACCGGCUGUGACCUCUGCUCCAUCAGCUGGCUUGUCUUUGUGCUGUCUCUAGCUCUGGGCUUUGCUCUUCCUCAAGGCUUGCUGGUUCCUCAGAAGAUGCUCGCCCCAGGGCUAAGCCGGUCAGUAGAUCCCUCUCUCCCUCCUCUCCUAACUGACAUCCCCGAGGCAAGGGUUAGUCUGCUGUACAGCGUGGACUCCUGUCUGCAGCUGGCAGCCAGGCAGAACAUCAACCUCAUCCUGCAGCACUACAAUUACACGGGGAAGCUGGGCAGACGACGGCCCCAGGAGGACAGGAUGGGCCUCCUCAAGGUGGCCUUCAUCACCAUUAGCUGCCUCAUCAUAGUGGAGAACCUGCUGGUGCUGAUAGCCAUCGUGAGGAGCCUGCGUGCCCGCCGGUGGGUCUACUGCUGCAUCGCCAGCAUCACAGUGAGCGACCUGCUGGCCGGGGUGGCCUAUAUCUUCAACAUCUGCCUGUCGGGCAGCAGGACCUUUCAGCUGAGGCUGGAGCUGUGGUUCUUCCGGGAGGGCAUCCUCUUCAUCGCGCUGGCCGCCUCCACCUUCAGCCUGCUGGUGACGGCCGUCGAGCGCUACAGCACCAUGGUGAGACCCAUUGCUGAGAACGAGGACAGCAAGACCUUACGCCUGCGCAUUCUCAUCAUCUCCUGCUGGGCCUUGGCCAUCCUCAUUGGGAUGCUGCCCCUGCUGGGCUGGAACUGCCUGUGUGACUUCCCCAGCUGCUCCACCCUCCUGCCCCUCUACUCCAAGAACUACGUCCUCUUCUGCGUGGUCAUGUUCAGUAUGAUUCUGCUGGGCAUCAUCGGCCUCUAUGCCUCCAUCUACCACCUGGUCCGGGCCAACUCCCAGCAGACCAUCACCCGCCACAGCCGCAAUAGGUCCCUGCGGCUGCUCAAGACCGUCCUGAUGAUCCUGGGGGCUUUCAUUCUCUGCUGGAGCCCGCUCUUCGCCUUGCUGCUCCUUGACGUCUUCUGCGAGUCCCAGACCUGCAAGCCCCUGCAGGGCAUGGACUGGGCCUUGGCCCUGGCAUUGCUCAACUCAGCCAUCAACCCCCUCAUCUACUCCUUCCGCAGCCUGGAGGUACGCCGGGCCGUGCUGUGCUUCGUCUGCUGCUGCUGCAUCCGCCUCGGGCUCCAUGGGCCCGGGGACUGCUUGCUCAUGGCAGAUAUCAACUCGGGAUCCUCGACCGAAAGCUCCCUGCGGACUCGCGAGAGCUUCCGCCGCUCUGUGGCGCUCAACGCCCGGGCUCGGCCUAGGGAGCCUCUCUCCAGCAACUCCAGCAUGAUGAGCAACCUUCCCAGUAAGUGAGGGGAUGGCAGCAGGCUCCAGGAGGGGUUCUGCCCAUGGGGACUUGCCCUCAUGGCCAGGACUGGCUGUCAGGAGUAAGGUCCAGCAGCUGCUCCUGCUCGGGCUCCUGAUAGCCUCAUGGGAACAGGUGGCCCUGAUUGACUGAAGAAGCUAGCAAGCUUGCUCUUAAGCCCAGAAGCAGCAGCAGAAAUUAUGAUGGCUGCUGAAAACAUUUCCCACAGCUUUUGCCCUGCCUGCCCUCCCUCCAGAUAACCUGGUUCUGACCCUCGGCUCUGAUUCCUGGCUGCUGAAUCUGAUUCCGAUCCUGGGCUUUGACUCCAGCUGUGACCCUUGGGUCUGGCCUCUGACUCCAGCUGCUCUAACCACUAGGCAUGGCCACCCAUAUAUCCUGGUCCCUGACACUGGGCACUUGCUUUGAGAAGGGGGGGGCAUAAAAGAGAACUGGAUGUCGGUGCAUCCGGUGCCAGAAGGAAUAUGACACCCCUAAGACUUGAGUUCAGCACAGCCUAAGGUUGAGCAGGGAAGUAAGCUCAGGGCUGCUGUAUGUGACUGAGGCAAAGUCAUUCCUCUUCCAAUGCGUGUCUCAGCAAGUACUGGCCAGGCUAUUGUUUCAGUGUGUCUGGGGUGUGCAUGGAGUUCUGGGCUGGACGCUGCGUCUGGGUGUAGGCUGUGCCCACGGUUAUGGGGUGGGCACUGCUCCAGGCUUUGGUGCACAAAGUGCAGCCCCAGGGCUGAGGGGCAGCUUGCUUGCUCGCAGACUGUGGCGAGUGGCGACUCUCCCUCCCUGCGAUGCAGUUGAUGAACCGUGGGCGUUCGACCCCUGGGGAGCGAAGCCAUCCAGCGAUUCCCAUCCCUGGCUUGCCAGGCCGAUGCAGCCCCGCAGCGAGAGCCCAGCCGACCUGGCAGGGCGUUUGAAUGAAAUGGAUCAGCUGCUUAGGUGCAGCCAGUGAAUCGGCGAGUGGGACAGGGUUAACCACCUCUAGUGGGGGCAUAGCUGCAACCACUGGCCUGACUCCAUUCCUGUGGGCCUGGUGCUGUGCCAGGGCAUAUGGUGAAUGUGUCACAGCCCUGGCAGCAGUGGCUUACAGGCCUGCUGUGCCUCUGGCCCAUGGCAUAGGGCCCGUCUGCAAUUAGGGGCCUGACAGUGUUGCAGGCUGGAUGGGCUGCCCGCCACGCUGGAUGGCACCGAUUCAGGGGGUGGGUGCAGCUGUCACUUGAAAGGUCCAGCUCGGGGCGGGCCCCUUUCGGGAGGUCGGGCACUCUUCCAGCACAUCGACCAGCCUGGCACCGCUCAGCUAUCCCUGUGGCGAAGGGCUAGCCCUGGUCAGGGCGGAGGAGCUGGCUCUGGGUGCAGAACUGCGCCGGCCGGGCAGGGCACUUACUCCCCGGGACUUCCAUGGGCUUUGGGUCGGGCACUUAGGGACACAGCUCCAUUUCCCCUUCCUCUCCAACCUGGUAUGGAAAUGACAGCGAGUGCAACGCUGCAUCUUAUCUUUUGCAAACAAGGUUUUGCAACAGGCAACUUACACCAUUGCACCAAGGGACUGGGUGUGUGUGUGUGUGAAUCUGUGCCCCAAACCCUGCGAUACAUUGUGUAGGGCAAGAAUUCCCAGAAAAGAGAGAGGCAUUUAUGGGCCCAGUCCUGAGGACUUUACUCAACCCCCCUGAAGUCAAUAGGAAUUUGCCUGAAAGAAGCAAUACAAGAUUUUCUCAGGUAUGAAUUUAAUCUCCCAAUAGGCCAGUCCCCAACCUACAGAGGGGAAACUGAGGCCCCAGGGUCAAAGCUGGGGAUUGAACCCUGGAGUCCUGACUCCUACUCCCAGGUAUGAGCCUUAUAACAGUGAGGAAGCUGGAGAUUGCAUUAGCCUCCCGGCUGCCUUGGUGUCUUGACUGGCCCAUUGAAAGUGGCAUACUGGUGCUCCCUCCUCUAAGCCUGUGGGCGUCUCUCUGCCCAUUCGGCCAUCACCUGGGACUCUGGCCCUGAUGGUUCAGCUGGGGCCUUGCUGGUACCUGUGGCAGGGAAAGAGUGUUGCCACGUGGAUACAGCAUCAUGGGACGCGGCUGGCAGGGGCAUGGCAGUGCUAGGCAGUGUGGCAGCAAAGGGUGGGCAUGUGUCAUCACUCCGCAAGGGAACGGCAGAGCCGGUGGCCCUUGUGGCUGGCUGUGGCAGGAAUGCAACAAGGCUGGACAGGUGGGGUGGCCCUGGCAGCGCCGGGUGGGCGUAAUGGCCAUACGACCGUACUGAAUGGGUGGGCAGAUCCAAAGCAGGUGGCGAUGCUGGAAGGGGAGUGGUCGGGGUGGCUGGGUCUCAGGGGGCUUUGGCAAUGCUCGACGGCUGUCGCGGGGCUUGCUUGGGCGCACUAGCUCAGGAUGGCUGUGGCAGAGGGGCAUGGAGGGCUAGAGCGGGCUACUGGAGAGAUGCCAGGGGCCCUGGCUGGCUGCAUGCAGCAAGGGUCCACCAUGCAAGCGGACAUGCUGAAGGAUGCCACGGGGGGUGUUGUCUCCCCGUUUGGUGCUGAUGUGGGAGAGGGUUCUGAGGCAGGAAAGCAAGGCUUUGGUGUGGUACUAGUGGGCAGAGAGUUCUGUUCUGCAUUGCUCCAGCAAAGCAAGGUGGAACUGCGCCUUCUUGUAGCUACUAUGAGAAGCAAUGUGCAAGGGCGGGGGGGGGGGGAUGCAUUUCUUUGGGGGAGAACUGUCUUUCUUAUUUUCCAUUCCCUGUUGGAAAUGAAAGAGGAACCAGCUAACCUUGCUCGACCAUAGAGGCUGAGAGCAUCUCCACUGCCAAAGAAGGCCAAGUUCCUGGUGAACAUCACUGUAGCAUGAAAAGCAGGGUCCCCUCCUUGUGUGUGACUUGAUACACGGCUCUGAGGGCUGCUCUCAGGAGACUCCAGCUGGGCUGAGCCUUCUCUAGCGAAAGAGGAGCAGGGAUUUUGUAAGUCCACUUCUUCUGCAAUAAACUUUUUUUACAAGAAA